CAGACGAACCAUCACUUCCGCACCCUCUGUCUUCACCCCUUCAUCCACAACCUACGCCUUCGCCGCGCCCGCCUCUCACUCCCACCCCUCCUCUCCUCCCCUUCUCGCCCGACCCUCCGCGAUCUGAUAGCAAACCGUAUCUUCCUCACCCACACGACCCAAGUCUCACGGCGGCUAGCGCGCAACUUGGUCGCCAUCCGGCUCUCCCGUCGGCUACCCUUGCGCCCGUCGGCGGAAACCCUGGUGAACCGUGGCGUCCUCCCAUCCGAGUGUGUCGAAGGCAGUGUAGCGCCGGGUCUAGUGGCCAAGAAGCGUGCCGUGGAGCGGGAGCGGCUGAAGGACGGGUUGAGGCGGUGGGUUGGCGCCGUGUGGAGGGGUGAGGUCAAUGAACGCAGCGAGGGCGUCAAGCAACGGGAAGAACGGGCGGGGGUUGGCCGAGUGUGGAAAUUGCGGCGGUUUUGGGAACAUAUUGGAAAAGCGGAUGGAAAGGGUGUACGAUGA